AGGUGGGGGGAAGCUGGGGUAAAGCGCUAGAAGUUUAUUGCUGACGAUCUGGCCAAAGGCAUUUUGUUCCUGAAUAUUUUAUUUCUUCCAAAGUGUUUCCGCACAUCACGCCCACAGUUUGUUAGGAGCACUAAUUAUUUCUAUUGCAGAUGGACAUUGUUGUAAAUAACCUUCAUUCCUUGGAAGAGAACUAAGUGGCGGUAUUCUCCGUUUGCACCAGUUAAAAAAGGACUGCGGUUGAGACGCUUAAUUCAUUGAUCCGGGUUUAAAUCAUUCGAUCUGAAAGGCAAUUUUCAUCGUGUUGAUCCUCGGAGCCCUUACGCCAAGGACAUCCCGUGCUUAACCCGUUUCAUGCUUUGGUGAUAGGGAUCAAGACGUUAAGCACAAGAUCAGCGCAGAGGAAUUACCUGCUUGAUACUGUAAUCUUGGAUUACUUGGUGACCGCUUUGCCAAAGAAAUAUGGGGAGUGGAGGAGAGACAGUGCAAGGAGCGGUUUACACAGCUUUAAAAAGUGCCAUGGCCUGGAAGUACCUGCUGGUUACUGCCACUCUCUUAUCGGGCUGCAAACAGAUCCUAGUAGAAGCAAGCUCGUGGUGGUCUUUAGCCAUGAAUCCCAUUCAAAUACCAGAGGUGUACAUUAUCGGAGCCCAGCCUUUGUGUAGCCAGUUGGCUGGGCUUUCGCAAGGCCAGAAGAAGCUUUGCCAGUUGUACCGGGAUCACAUGCAAUAUAUUGGAGAGGGUGCCAAAACUGGCAUCAAGGAAUGCCAACAUCAAUUCAGACAUCGACGGUGGAACUGCAGCACUGUUGAUAACACUUCUGUCUUCGGCAGGGUCAUGCAGAUAGGAAGCCGAGAGACUGCUUUCACCUAUGGGAUCUCUGCUGCUGGAGUGGUGCAUGCUAUCAGCCGGGCUUGUCGUGAAGGGGAGCUGGCCACAUGUGGCUGUAGUCGUGCUGCACGGCCCAAGGAUUUACCACGUGACUGGCUAUGGGGUGGCUGUGGAGAUAAUGUAGAGUAUGGCUACCGGUUUGCAAAGGAGUUUGUGGAUGCCAGGGAGAGGGAGAAGAUCUAUCAGAAAGGAACAUAUGAUAGCGCCAGGACAUUCAUGAAUCUGCAUAACAAUGAGGCUGGAAGAAGGAUGGUUUAUAACCUGGCGGAUGUGGCCUGUAAAUGUCACGGGGUCUCGGGUUCCUGCAGCUUGAAGACUUGCUGGUUACAGUUAGCGGAUUUCCGCAAGGUUGGCGAUGCACUCAAGGAGAAAUACGACAGCGCCACUGCCAUGAAACUGAACAGCCGGGGUAAACUGGUUCAGGUCAACAGCCGCUUCAACCCACCCACCACCCUGGACCUGGUCUAUGUCGACCAGAGCCCCGACUACUGUGUCCGGAACGAAAGCACCGGCUCCCUGGGUACCCAAGGUCGCCUUUGCAACAAGACCUCGGAGGGGAUGGACGGCUGCGCGCUCAUGUGUUGCGGGCGCGGCUACGACCAGUUCAAAACAGUUCGCACCGAGCGCUGUCACUGCAAAUUCCACUGGUGCUGCUAUGUCAAGUGCAAAAAGUGCACAGAGGUGGUCGAUCAGUUCGUCUGCAAAUAACACCUCUCCCCCACCCCCACCCUCCACCCCUCAGCCCCUCCACCCCCCAAAAAACCUGUAACUACAGAGGAAAAGAGAGAGGCCUUUGAGAACUUAAGAGACUCCAAGGAGGAUUCGGCCGUAGUUGCAAUACUCGAACUGCCUCUUAACAUUUGAGCGAAUGGAAAGCAAAUUGAACAAACCAAAAGCAAAAUUGAAUACUACGUAGACCCCAAUCUUACCGAAAACCCAUUAAAAAUAGAUCUAACGGUAAACAUGGAAGUAGAAAGCAGCAACAGUGAUCUGAACCUUUUGAACAUCCAGAGACUGUGACCAGCAGUCAGUGUGGUCGGAUAGAAAUGCAAACGAGCAGGGCUAUGACUGCACUCGGAGGAGCGGCCUCCCCUGCAGUCGCCCGAUCCUGUCUCUAACCAAGUGCAGACUGGCCCAGUGCAAUGAUUGGCAUUGACUCGUUGGGAGGAUAAAUGACUGAAUUCUGAACAUCCUUUUUUUAUGGGUAUGGAAAGCAUUUGACUGAACGCUCUUAACUAACUUGCUCUUUAACGAAAACGACGGCACGCCGACAACCUGGAAAUGAAUCUCGAAUAUAUUCCUUAGAUAUAUUUCAGAAAAUUCUCUAAAAUGCCAACUUUGCUGACGAUCGCCCAUUGACCGCCCCGAGACUUGAACGUACAGGAACUUGCCCGGAUUCAUGUCAUUUGACUGAGAAAUCCAUUCUGAUGUGGCUUUCUAAUGUUUAAAAGCAUGGUUUCAUUCAUCGCUUGUCAUGUAUUUAUUUUGCAGAAAAUAUUCGCUGUGCUAGCAAUUUGGUCUUUGCGUAUUUAAACCAAUUAACCCAACAUUAAUGAACAGACUGGGAGAGCUGCAGCACAGAUGGACAUUAAUUUAGGGAUCAUCCCUGACUGCAAUAUUUUAGUUUCCAAAAUAAUAGAUAUAUAACUGCAGGUGGAAAACGGGAGGACUUGCUGGGAUGGUAAACUAUAUAUUACGGGCAAACUAAGGUUUAUUGGUGUCUCAUAUUACAACUUUGUAUAUACGUCUACAAUCAGCGAUUUAAAUUGUAUUUAUUUACAAGUUAUAUCUAGAUUAGAUUGUCUACCUUUCUGCCUUUUAACGGAUUUGCUGCAUUUGUAGUCAUCUAUCACUUCCAAUUGGUUCUCUUUUUAAAAUCCGUGGAAAUGUCCGCUAAGUGGACAUUGCUAAUGUUGGUAGGAUGUGUUUUUUUUCCAACCCCGAAGCAGUUUUGGGGACACUCAGUUCCAUCGGAAUGUUGCACUGACCUAAGUUGUAAAAUUGUUACAAACAGCACUUGUGCACCAUAUCAUUCCCAUGUAUUAAAAGGUUUGGGACAUAUUUUGGGUUUGAAUUGGUUUAUAAUUUGUGUUGCGUUUGUUGCGAAGAAACAGGAGAGCUUUCAUGUGGGGUUAGCACAGAACUUGCAUACAUGAGAAAUAUGGUAACUACACUUGGUGACUAUUUUAUCAGGCAAUAUUUGUCUCUGUGCUACUGCACCAACUCAAGUUUUUGGUAGCAUUUCAUCAUUGCAACACGUUCGACAUGUCUUAAAGUGUUGUACAUUUCAAAGUGGAUUUUUUUUAUUAUAAAGGUACAAUGUUGCAAAAAAAAAAUAGAUAUAACCCAGGCCAGUAAAAAUGUCAUUGCAAUUAAUUUAACCGUGGAUAACUUUAACCUAGUGUAUUGUGUUGUAUGCUUUUGGUGGUCUGAUUAUGGAACCGUACUUGACCAGGGUUCAUUGAGUAACUUUAAUCUUUAGACCACCCCUUCAUGUUUAAUGGCUAUUUAUAAGGAGAGUUAUUUUCAAUGUUGGAAAUAAAACUGCUAUAGUUUGAAA